AUGGCGUCCUUAAAGUUCCACUCUGCAAAAACCCAUUCUUUCCCAGACUUCACUCCUUCCAAAUCCCAAUCCAACCCUCUCCUCGCAGGGGUCGCGGUCUCCGGCGAGGAAAGCCAGCGCCGUUGCAGGCGCCACCGUGUUUUCGCGGUGUCUCCUCCGUGCAGCCGCCAGCUGAGUCACCGGAGUUCGGAUCAGCCGAGGAGGGACGUGAAUCCGGCGGAGCUGGAGCGGUGGGUGAAAGGGUCAGUGGAGGAGAUCGUCAGGAACCUGGAGGGGGCCUCGCCGUUGGUGGUGGAGGUGUACGCCGGCGACGGCAAGGCCCGUUUCAAGGCGGAGAAAGCGGCGGCGGACGAAUGGGCGGCGCUGAGGGAGGAACUGGAGAGGAAGUGCCCUGACGGACUCAUAUUCGUGGAGCAGCUUUGCGACGGCGGAGACGGCGGCGCCGAUCGGUGCUGGGGCAUUGUGAUUCAGGGCAGAGACUGUGCGGCGCCGGUUUGCUAUCUCUUGAAGACUUGCAGAGCGGCGGCGGCGGCGGGCAUGGUGUUGUCUUGCACCCAUUUUUGCUUGGUGAAGGUGAAGAGCUUUAGGGAAAGUGCUUUUGGGCAAUUCAAGAAUUCAUGGCUGGCGAAGUGA